AUGAGCGGCGGAGAGAUCAUCCUCCAGGGUUGGCUGAGGAAGUCGCCGCCGGAGAGGAAACUGCGGAGAUACGCAUGGAAGAAGCGUUGGUUCAUUUUGCGCAGCGGGCGCAUGAGCGGUGACCCUGACGUGCUGGAGUACUACAAGAACGACCACUCCAAGAAGCCCAUCCGGGUCAUCGACUUGCAUUGCUGCGAGCAGGUGGACGCCGGACUGACCUUUAAGAGGAAGGAGUUCCAGGACAGCUUCGUGUUUGACAUCAAGACUUCAGACCGCACCUUCUACCUGGUGGCCGAGACUGAGGAGGAGAUGAACAAGUGGGUGCGCGCCAUUUGCCAGUUGUGCGGAUUCAACCAGUCAGACGAUAACAACCAUGAUGUCCGACUUCAACAUAUGCCACGCUCUGUAGGUCCCGAGGUCUCCUGCUCGGCGGCCCCUCUGAGCGCCGUCGGUGGCAAGUUGUCUGCGCCGGUCCACUCUAGCCAACCGGUCCUCUUCACCUUCGACGUACCCGUGCGCCACUCGCACCACAGCGCCCUGUCCAACAGCGCGCCGCAGGACUACCUCCUCCUGCACCAGUGCGUGAGCAGGAAGACUGAGAGCGCACGGAGCGCCAGUUUCUCCCAAGCCAUGAGAGGCAACGUGUUCUUGGGCAGCGACUCAACUGUCCAGAAGUUGUCGCACGGCUUCUCUCACUGUCUGAAUGGGAUGGGCGCUCAGCUGCACGGCUUCUACAGUCUCCCCAAGCCCGGCAAGCACCACCUGCCGGCCGCGCCCGAUGACUCCCCCCAGGAGGGCUGCUACGUGCUUCCUCGCGGCGCCCCGUCCGACACAGACUUGGAGAACGAGGAAGUGUACACCUUCCAGACACCAUGCAACGCCCUGGCCGCCGAGCGGGCUAGCGACAACUACGACCUCCCCACCCCACCCGGUUCUUUCUACCAAAUACCGCGGACGUUUGAUAAGAACCACAACGCAUUGACGCCCUCCAGUUCAGAGUCGUCCUGUGCGCCCCCGCCCAGGCCGCCAAAGCCAGGCUCGGACGGACAGUGGGGGAGUCCGUACUCCCAGAACGGGGAAGCUUCGGCGGCGGUGUCGGUCAUCCCAAGAAGGAAUACGCUGCCUGCUGUGGAAAACAUCAGGCUGCACAGAGGCUCUUCCUUCGAAACAAGCAGCCAUCAGCGUCCUAUCCAUUUCAACAACUCGGGUCAGUCCGUCGAAUCAGUCAAUGACGGCUUCAGCUCAUACCUUAGAACCCGAACUUCACUUACCCGCUCGGACAGCGGCAACUCUGACGACAACUACGUCCCCAUGAAUCCAGGGUCGUCGCCACUUAGCGCGGCCCAGGCGGACAGUCCCAAGAACAUGUAUAUCCCCAUGAGCCCCGGUCCGCACCACUUCGACUUCCCGGGCUUCUCGGCGACGCUACCUACCCGUAAAGGGAGCAGUGCUUCCCUUUGCCACCGGCCCGGACGUCUAAGCGACGUCACGCCCCCUCCCAUCAAUCGGAAUCUGAAGCCUAACAGGAAGUCCAAGCCAACACCUCUGGAUCUAAAGAACAAUGGCUUCAUUGACGAGCUGCCAUUCAAAAGCCCGGUCACCAUGUCCUGGACACGGCCCAUGCCCGCCAUGAAUUCCAUGUCGUCGCAGCGUUGUCGUCCCAUCUCCACGCAAAGCAUCACCAGCACUGACUCUGCAGACAGCGAGGAGAACUAUGUGGCCAUGCACAACCCAGCGUCUACCUCCCCGGCCGUGAGCAGCACCAGCAGUCCGGCCCUUCGCAAGAGUGGCAACGUGGACUACCUCGCACUGGACUUCCAGCCCGGGUCGCCAAGUGCGCACAGAAAGCCGUCGACGUCGUCUGUAACAUCUGAUGAGAAAGUGGACUAUGUUCUGGUGGAUAAGGAGAAAACGCAGGCCCUGCAGAAUACCAUGCAGGAGUGGACUGAUGUGCGCCAGUCUACUGAGCCCACCAAGGGGGUCAAGUCUUGA